AUGGCACAGACUGCCACCGUGACCCUCGCGACUCUUGAUCCAGUCCACGCCACCACCCACCUCCCAGAAACACAACCAGAGCCUACAAUUCACGAUGCCGUUUCUGCAAUUCCUCCUUCAACAGCUGCCUCCGUCGCCCAGAGAUGGAACGGAUCCAGAGAAAACAUCUUCCGAACUCUGUCCUGCUACUUCGCUUUCACAAUCUACGGCAUGAACGACGGAACCCCAGGCGCAAUGGUCCCCCAUCUAGAAAGCUACUACUCCCUCCCCUACUCCAUCGUAUCCCUCAUAUUCCUCGGUCCCAUGCUAGGCUGCAUCACCGCAGCAUUCACCUCAAACAGGCUCCACCAAAAAUUCGGCCGUCGCGGCGUAGCAGCCUUUGCCACAGGUUCAUACGCAAUCUCAUACGUGGGCAUGUGUGCGCAUCCACCGUUUGGCCUCGUUGUGCCGCUGCUGGUCCUUACGGGGUUUGGGAGCGGGCUUAUGAAUGGGACGUGGAAUAGUUGGGUUAAUGCCUUUGUCUCAAGGGGAUGGAAUUGGUGGUCAUACUAUUAUCUCAUGCUCGGUCUAGCUAUUGCCGCCGCCGCAACUACAGUGUGGUCUUUCUGGGCUGAUUGCGGAACGAGCCGCAACACGUCACCAUCUGGCCAAGCCCACAGCUUCACAUUCUCCGUAUUCAAAGACAAGGUAACCCUCCUAUUCUCCGGCUUCAUGCUACUCUACGUAGGCGCCGAAGUCACAAUCGGCGGCUGGCUCGUAACCUUUAUGCUCAACGUCCGCAACGGCACGCCCUCUGCCUCGUCACUCGUCGCCUCUGGUUUCUGGAUCGGCAUCACUGUUGGCCGGUUCGCGCUGGGAUGGAUCACUAGCUACUUUGGAGAAAAGAUUAUGGUCUCGGCGUAUCUCGUUAUCGCGAUUGGCCUUGAACUAGCAUUUUGGCUUGGUAAGGAGUUUGUGGUGAGUGCUAUUAUGGCGGCGCUGGUGGGAUUAUCUAUCGGUAUGGUGAUGCCAGCGAGCAUCAGGGUGAUGACCAAGAUCCUUCCUGUCGAAAAGCAUAUUGUAUCUGUUGGCUUUGGCACAGCUUUUGCCGUUUCCGGAGCGAGCAUAUUCCCAUUCGUGGUUGGAGCGCUCGCUCAAGCCGGCGGAGUUCAAGUCCUCCAGCCCGUCAUCCUGGCAUUAUUCGCAGUGCAGCUUCUACUCUGGCUUUUCGUCACAAGGAUGAAACUCGACAGGGACGAGGAUUCUUCUGCGUAG